UUCUUUUCUCAUUUUCUUAUGCUACUUACUUACCUACUUAUCUCUCUUUGAUCAUCCAUAAUAGACGUCAAAUCAACCAUUAUACCGAAAUUAUCACAAAAACCACCUUUCCACCCCAACCAACCAAUAACGUACGUCCCUAUCCGAAAAUACCUUGACAAUGCGAAACCAAUGGAACGCCCGCGAAAUCUUUUCCAUCGACCCGAAAGGAGACACCCUUUUCAACUGCGUCGGCAUCUCCAAAUCUAAACCCGGCCACCCAAGAUGCUUGAAACCCAUCGGAAAACCAAGACGCACUGCAGCAGCCAGACUACUAGAUGAACUUUCCUCACUACCUAUUUCCGGUGGAGACUAUAGUGAAAGAGAGGUUGAGGAGAUUAUGGAGGACCUAUUGGGAGAAGUACUAUGUUACAUACACAAACAAGGGGGAAGUCAUCCUCAGAAUGAAGAGGUUGGAGGAAGGUGGUGGGGGAGAGUGGAGAGAGUGCAACUAUCACUUCAAAGAGGGGUCGAGGAACAAGUGAGAGCGCAAUCCCCCUUACGAAUGGUAGAGCGGGAAAGAUAUCAAAUUCCAGUUGCAGUGCGGGAGCCGGUGGUCACGGCGCGCAACUUCGUUCCUUUUGGGAAGUAUAAGAUGUUGGCAUCGGGUAGGAUUGGGAUGUUUGAAGGGCGGGCGGGGAGCUGGUCGGGGAGUUGGUGGGGGAGAGAUGGGGAUAGGGGCGGGAAUUGGAGGAUUUUAUGUUAUGGGAUGAGUUCAAUAAAUGGAGGGAGAAUGGGAGAAUGAUACAGGAAGUGGGUACAAGAGGGAGAGCGAGACAGAAUGGAGGAGAAAAGGAUCCGAGAGGAAAGAAGAGGAUCCAAGAGGAAAGAAGAGAGAAGAGGAUUAGAAAGGAGAGGAAGAGCGAGGAGGAAAGGGAAGAAGGAAUGGAGGAAUGAGGAGAAAGAUCAGAGGGAAGAAGAGAAGAAUGGAGGAGAAAGGAGAGGAGAGAAGAAGAGAGGAGGAAAGGGAGGAGAAGAAGAGAAAGACAGAAGAGAAAGGCGAGAAAGACAUGAACGGGAAAGGAAGCGCUAAGAUUACGCGAAGAAUCCCAAAGAGAAGAAGCCCAAAGAGAAGAAGCCCAAAGAGAAGAAGCCCAAAGAGAAGAAGCCCAAAGAGAAGAAGCCCAAAGAGAAGAAGCCCAAAGAGAAGAAGAGCGGAGGAUGAGGGAGGAGACAGCAAGAAGAGAAAGACAGGAAGCGCUAAGAUUACGCGAAGAAGAAUCCCAAAGAGAAGAAGCCCAAAGAGAAGAAGCCCAAAGAGAAGAAGCCCAAAGAGAAGAAGCCCAAAGAGAAGAAGCCCAAAGAGAAGAAGCCCAAAUAUUACAUCAAUCACAACUCCAAGCACAACGCCGAUCAGAAGACGCAGAACUACAACUAGAACGAGAUCGUCAAAUCCAAGUCUUACAACAGCAACAUGAAGCUACUGCACACCUGCAAAAUACCCGCGAUAUCCGAUCACGACGACUUGAUGUCCCUCAACCAGUUGCAAUACAAUCAAUAUUUCAACGACCAACUAUAGCUAUCCCUGAACCUAUCACAACACAACCACCCUUGCAACCCCAUCCGAUUCAACGUCCUCUCCUCCGCAAACCUCUCGACGAUUGUCCCUUGUGUUAUGAACCUAUCGCCCGCGACGAAGAUGCAGAGUGGUGUCGUGCGCAAUGUGGUCAGAAUGUUUGUAAGGAGUGUUUUGCGCAGUGGCGGCAUACACUUGGAAGGAUAAAAAUUACUUGUUGUAUUUGGUAUGUUUUUUUAACGAUAGACUAAGGAUGAGGGAGCCUGAAUGAUAUACUUACUAAUUCUUUAAUAGUCGCGCAAAGUGGAAAUUUUAGGAAUAAUCCCGCGGUUGGGUUGCCAGCGGGAGGGGAGGGAGGGAUGGGAGGGGGAUUUUGUUGGGGUUUCAUUGGUUGUUUGAUAUAGGUGAGUAGAUUUGGGAUUUUUG